UUGGUCCGUUUGGAAGUUUAAAUUACGCUUCGUCCUAUCCCGUCCUUUCCAUUUGACAGGUCACUAGAAGCAAGUACUAAGUGCAGCUUCAACAAUUGUUUACUAAUUGCACCUGCAGGCUGCACUACAGAGCGCCGUAGUUUUCGUUAUUUUCCGAUCUAGAACGGAUUUACAGCGGUGGCUUGGGGUUAUUUUCGGGUAAAAUUUCUCUAUUUAAAACGAAGGGGAAUUGUAAUCUGCCAGUUUUCUAACAUUACCCUACCAAAGAGGUUUAAUCAUCUGUAACAUGGGAAGAUAUAUUCAAUUCGAGGAGAAGAGAGAUCUUAAAGAUGAAGAGUUAUCUUGGGGGAAGCAUCAUAGGUUUCAGUACUUAGCCAACCGGAAACUUGACAAAUUAGAACAUUUGUUUAUACGAAUGGUUAAUCUGAGCAAGAUAUUUGUUGUGAAGAGGAGCGGGAGAACUGAACCCGUUCACUUCGACAAGAUUACCUCCAGGAUUGAGAAGCUCUGCUAUGGACUGGAUAUGGAGUACAUCGAUGCACCCUCCAUCACUCUUAAGGUUAUAAAUGGUCUAUAUCCUGGAGUAACUACUGUUGAGCUGGAUAACCUAGCUGCUGAGAUUGCUGCUACAAUGACAACUAGGCAUCCUGAUUAUGCUGUUCUAGCUGCAAGAAUCGCGGUUUCAAACCUGCAUAAAGAGACGAAGAAGAAGUUUAGUGACGUCAUUGAGGAUCUGUACAACAUGAAGCAUGCUACUACAGUUAAACCAAUCCCAAUGAUCUCUGACUAUCACAGGAAAGUUGUCCAGGAGAAUAAGGAUCGUCUUGACGCUGCCAUCAUUUACGAGCGUGAUUUCCAAUACCAGUAUUUCGGGUUUAAGACCCUAGAGCGUAGCUACCUCCUGAAGAUCAACAAGAAGGUGGUGGAGAGACCCCAGCAGAUGUUGAUGAGAGUUGCUGUAGGAAUCCACGGAGAGGAUAUUGACUCUGCCAUUGAAACCUACGAUCUUCUUUCGCAGAGACUGUUUACUCACGCUUCUCCGACCCUAUUUAACGCCGCUACUCCCCGUCCCCAGCUUUCAUCCUGCUUCCUUCUUACUAUGGCCUCGGAUUCUAUCGAAGGUAUUUACGAUACCUUGAAACAGUGCGCUCUAAUCUCCAAGUCUGCCGGAGGGAUCGGGCUCAAUGUUCACUGUAUCCGUGCUCAUGGGUCAUACAUUGCCGGAACCAACGGUCACUCUAACGGGUUGAUUCCUAUGCUGAGAGUGUUUAAUAACACAGCCAGAUAUGUUGAUCAGGGAGGAAAUAAGAGACCUGGAGCAUUCGCUAUCUACCUUGAACCCUGGCAUGGAGAUAUUUUCGAGUUCUUGGAUUUGAAGAAGAAUCAUGGUAAAGAGGAGAACAGAGCUAGGGAUCUGUUCUACGCUAUGUGGAUUCCUGAUCUCUUCAUGAAGAGGGUAGAGGCUGAUGGAGAUUGGAGUCUAAUGUGUCCUGACCAGUCCCCUGGACUUCAUGAGGUUUGGGGAGACGAGUUCGAGGCUCUGUAUGAGAAAUAUGAAAAGGAAGGACGCGUCUUGAAGACUGUAAAAGCUCAGCAGCUCUGGUAUGCUAUUAUUGAAUCCCAAAUUGAGACCGGAACUCCGUACAUGUUGUACAAGGACGCCUGUAACAGAAAAUCCAACCAGCAGAAUCUAGGAACCAUCAAAUGCUCAAAUCUGUGCACAGAAAUCGUCGAAUACUCCGCCCCUGAUGAGGUGGCCGUCUGCAACCUAGCCUCCAUUGCCGUCAACAUGUUCGUGAACCCUGACAAGACCUAUGACUUCGAGAAGCUGAAGAAGGUAUCCAAGGUUGCCUGCAGAAACCUCAACAAAAUUAUCGACGUUAAUUACUAUCCCGUUAAGGAGGCACGGAAAAGCAACAUGCGUCACAGACCAAUUGGUAUUGGUAUUCAGGGCCUGGCUGAUGCGUACAUUCUCAUGAGAUUCCCAUUCGAAUCUAACGAAGCUAAACUUCUAAACAAACAAAUCUUUGAAACUAUUUACUACGGAGCUCUGGAAGCAAGCUGUGAGCUUGCCGAGCAAUUGGGUACUUAUGAAACCUAUCCUGGUUCUCCGGUUAGUCAGGGUAGGCUGCAAUAUGAUAUGUGGGGAGUAACACCCACUGAGCUCCAUGAUUGGGCUAAGCUGAAGGCCCAGAUUGCAAAGCAUGGUGUAAGGAACUCUCUGCUCCUGGCUCCUAUGCCAACAGCUUCCACUGCUCAGAUUCUGGGCAACAACGAGAGCGUGGAGGCCUACACCAGUAACAUCUACACAAGAAGAGUUCUUUCCGGAGAAUUCCAGGUUGUAAAUCAGCAUCUUCUUCGUGAUCUGACAGAGCUGAACCUCUGGACUGAUGACGUGAAAAACGAGAUUAUCUCCGCCAACGGUAGCAUACAGAAGAUCGAGGUAAUCCCCAAGAAAAUCCGCGAUCUUUACAAAACCGUUUGGGAGAUUAGUCAGAAGAACGUACUGGAGCAGGCAGCUGACAGAGGGGCCUUCAUCGAUCAAUCCCAGUCCCUUAACAUUCAUAUUGCUGACGCUAACUUUGGUAAGAUGAGUUCUAUGCACUUCUACGGCUGGAAGUUGGGAUUGAAGACCGGGAUGUAUUAUCUAAGAACGAAGGCGGCUGCUCAAGCUAUCCAGUUCACUGUCGACAAAUCCAAGAUCAAGGUUGCUGACGCCGCUAAGAAGGAUGCUGAUCUUUCUCCUGCAGCUGCUGGAGAUCUAGGAGAGGUGGAGAAGAAUAUGCAAACCCUGGUCUGCUCAAUCAAUAACAGGGACGAUUGCCUCAUGUGCGGAUCUUAGAUCCUCUCAUUCUCUUCAUACCCUGCUCAGACUAAAUCAUGCUCUAAUAAGUUCUUUCUUGUAAGAAAAUUAUUUUAGACUGUAUCCCUACAGACCAAAUUCAUCCUUUUACGUAUUUUUAUAUUUUAUAUUCUAUGACAUUCUACAGAAUAAACUAUUCAACUUAA